UUGUAUUUUCAUUUUCUCUGAAGUCAAUCAGCGUAUGCUGAAAUUGUCGUACUAUGCUUUCAAUUGCAGGCCCUUGAUUCGUAUUAUAGGUGACAGAUUUCCUUGGCAAGUAAAGAGCGCAAUUCUAUCAACUCUGAGCAUCAUAAUACGAAGGGGAGGAAUAGCCCUAAAGCCUUUUCUUCCCCAGCUUCAAACAACAUUUGUCAAGUGUCUACAGGAUAACACGAGGACAAUACGAUCUAGUGCAGCUCUUGCGCUUGGGAAGCUUAGUGCUCUCAGCACCAGGGUUGAUCCUUUAGUUGGUGAUCUGUUAUCUGGCGUGCAGACAUCAGAUGUUGGAAUUCGUGAGGCUACUCUGACUGCUUUGAAAGGUGUGAUUAAGCAUGCUGGUGGAAGUGUCAGCAUUGCUUCUAGAACACGGGUGUACACCCUCCUGAAUGAUUUAAUACACAACGAUGAUGAUCAGAUAAGAAGUUCUGCUGCAAGCAUAUUUGAACUCUCGAAGGCUCUUCUCCAGGAGAAGCUUCUUGUGCACAACAAGCAACUUUGCAACCAAUCCGUCGUCCAUCUACUAAUAGCAACAAAGAAGGCCAACUCAUUUCAGGUGCAGUGAUUGCGGAUGAAAGCAGUGACGAAAUUCUUACUUGAGUGUUGUUGAUCGUUGUUAGACUUUCUAUUAUUAUGUUUAAGGAUAUUUUAGUUUUGAACUUUUUGUAAGCAAAUACAUCUAUUUUGACUUUUGAAUUGUUUGGCCAAACAAUGUAUCCAUAUUUUGUUUUUGUACAUGGAUAAUGCUAGUUGGAUAUGGUGUAAACAAUUUCAUAGAAUAAGAAAUCAUUUCUCA